UCCUUGUCAGUUGAGAUUGUUCUAGUUUAAUGGUUAUCGGUUUCUGUUUACUUGAACGAUAUUAGAAUGUAUGAUAUGUAUAGUAUAUGUAUAUAUGGAAAUCAUAUCCAAAUGUAAUUUUAAAAAGUUAAUUCAUUAUUUAAUGUAAUAUAUAACAUGAGUUAAGCAAACGAUUUAAUUUAUAACAAAAUCUGAUAUAUCAACUGAAACGGCACAAUUGACUGAAACAUAAAAUAUUCAACAUUUAUACGUUGAAAAUCUAAAUUCACAAGUUUACUUACUUCCUAAUAUAUUCGCAAGUAGCAACUAAAAUAGCAUGUUUGACCAGAGCAUUAUUGGAAUAUGUUUUUGCAUUGCCUUAACAAUAGUUUUCAACUUUUCUUUACAUCGUAUAGAAGAAGGUCAUGUUGGUGUUUAUUUUAGAGGUGGAGCAUUAUUGCCUCAAGUCAGCAACCCUGGGUUUCAUAUGAUGAUACCCUCAUUAACAACAUAUCGCUCUGUCCAAGUUACACUACAGACAGAUGAAGUAAAGAAUGUUCCAUGCGGAACAAGUGGAGGUGUAAUGAUUUAUUUUGAUCGUAUAGAAGUUGUAAAUAUAUUAGAUGCAAGUAGUGUUUAUAACAUGGUGAGAAACUUUACAGCAGAUUAUGAUCAAACAUUAAUAUUCAAUAAGAUUCACCAUGAAUUAAAUCAAUUUUGUUCUGUACACACAUUGCACGAGGUAUAUAUAGACUUGUUUGAUCAAAUAGAUGAAUAUUUGAAAACUGCUUUACAAAAAGACUUAAAUGACUUAGCACCUGGUUUAAGUAUUCAUGCAGUUAGAGUAACUAAACCAAAAAUUCCAGAAACUAUCAGAAAAAAUUAUGAGUUAAUGGAAGCAGAGAAAACAAAACUUUUAAUUUCAACACAGCAUCAAAAAGUCGUCGAAAAGGAUGCAGAGACCGAUAGAAAGAAAGCUGUUAUUGAAGCAGAAAAAGAGGCACAAGUAGCAAAAAUACAGUAUAUUCAAAAAAUUAUGGAAAAACAGUCACAACAACGAAUAGCGGCUAUUGAAGAUGAAAUGCAUUUGGCAAGACAGAAAAGUCGUUCAGAUGCUGAAUAUUAUCAAACAAAAAUGCAGGCUGAAGCAAAUAAGCUUCUCCUUACCCGAGAAUUUUUAGAACUAAAGAAAUAUGAAGCACUAACACAUAACACAAAAAUAUAUUAUGGUCAAGAUAUACCAAAAAUGUUUAUGUUGGAUGUUACUCAAGUGUCAAAUUAACUCUCUAGUACAAACUCAUAUGUGGAUGUUAAAAAAAAGUAAUUAUAGAAAUAAGUGUUUUUCUUUCUUCUAAUACAUUUUGAAUGAUGUAAUGAUUGUUUUAUGUUUAAUACAUAUGAUAAGCUGUAUUUUAUGAUAAUUAUAAAAACGAUAGUAAUGAUAGUACUCUGAUACAAUGAAACAUAAUUUGCAUGUAAAUUUAUACAAUUCAUCGACCUAUAUACUGUAAUAAAUUAUACAUUAUCACUGUU